UACUCAUUUGCUUUCGGUCUGUUACAACGCACGAGUCGUUUGUAAGAAAAUUAAGUCUUUAUCUUUUUUAUUGUGAUAGUCACUUUUAUAUAUUGUUUUGAUAACAACAGUUGGCAUAGUGUAAUGAAAAAUUGCGCAAUAGCGUUCAUCUUUAUUUUUGAUAAGAAAAAAACAUUUAAAUUCUCUUGACUUGCGCAGUUUCAAUAUUAUGAAAUCAAUUCAUAGUUGAUUUGUUAAAAAAAAGACGAUUUUUUAAUUUGAAAAUUUUCUUAUCGACUAUUUGUAUAACCUCAAAAUAGAAUUUAUAACCUAUAAAUGAAUUUUUGCCAAUGUUUGUAUAGAAAUAUUUGCAAAAUUUUCUUCAACCACGUGGUAUAAGACCGGUGAAACAUUUUUUUUUGUGUUACAGACAUGAUGUUGUAAGUUAUAAAUUUACAACUUGGAUAUUAUAAAACGUAUUUCGUUAAUAAAACCUGUGGAAAGUUCUGCACGCUCUGUUUCACGACAAGUCACGCCUUUCUGAAGACGAGGAACUUAAUUCAAAUCUUCCCUACUAAGAAAGUCAAUUCACACGUGUUUCAUUGAGGAUGAUGGUGUCAAUAGACUGAUAAUUUCUGAUGCUGAACUUGUCAACAGAAAAUACAAAAUUUAAGUCAAUUUAAUUAAGGGCAAAUAUCGGUGUUUUUUUUCACAAGUGAAGUGCAAUGGAUUCAAAGAUGAUAAUGGAGAUUUUUCUACUCGUUUUAUUAACCGGCGCAGUCUUCCCAAAAAAUAUUGCUCAACUGCCGAUGAAUUGGUCCAAAUCAUUUGAAGUAUCUGCUGAAACGACUCUUUCGACGACAGAUCAACUAAGAAAUUAUGAAACUCACGUGUCAUCGAGCUGUUAUUUUCCUGCAGAGCUUCAGGGUGAAUUUAUGAUGCAAGUGAGCGGUAAAAAUGCGAAGGGUUCGAUGACUAGAAAUGAACCUAUUCAGUAUUCACCAAUAAAUAUUACCUAUAAUGCCAUACCUGUUUGGGGAGUGUGCCACAAAAAAGUCGGAAAUAACGUAUUGCUCAUUGACAGUUACGGCGAAGGAGACUGCAUAAGAUGUUUCCGACUUGAACGAAGGUCACGCAACGUUGUUGAAGUAUUCUCAGAGAAUUUAAACAAGUGUUAUACAUCCGAGACUGCCGCCAUAGAAUCCUGUGGGGCAUUAAAUGCAACAUCAAUUUUAUAUCGUACAAAAGAUAUUGGAGGGGCUCCAAUUACUUACGAGUACUGUCCAAUUGCGGGACGAUAUCAUUUUAGAUACGAUAUUAAUGAGGGAACGGAGGAAAAAUUUGAAUGUAAUUCAUAUUCCUCUGAUUUUGAUACUUGUCCAGUUGGUUCUGUAAUUCAUUUACAAUUCAAGCGUUGUUCCUUCGAUAGUUUUGAUAUAACAUUCAAUUGUUUGGGAAGCUGGGAAGGACCAAAUGGAGCUCGGUACAUUGCUUUAGAAGACACAAAAGAAGGUGGAGGUUUUAGACCUCAAUAUCGUUGUGGACUUUUUUAUGUGGAUAAUAAAAAAGGAAAAACUUAUCUGGCCUUUAGCAGUGAUUCAAGUUGUACGCAAAAUCUUAUGAAUGCAACGAUGGGUUAUGAGAAUUUAGAAUUGACAAAAGCAACGAAUCAAAAAACGACUCCAUCUUAUGUCAAAACACAUUUAUCCUCAUUUCCUAAAUGGGCACAAGGCGAAUGGGAAGAAUCUUUGGUCAUUGAUGGAACAAUGACUUUUAUCGAUCGAAAUGGGUAUAAUAGUUUCACUUUCAUUGCUGUGGAUGCUAAUCAUGAUACUGGACGAUAUGUAGUUUACUCCAAAGAUCAUUGCGAACGAGAAGCUUUCGCCUGUAUGCUGAUGAGGCAAAGAAGUGAAAAUGUAAUGGAAUUCGCAACAAGUUUGCUCUCAAGUCCAAUUUAUCAACCGAACUUAUGUGACAAUCCGAACUUUGAUAAACCAGUUUGGAUGACACAAGCUCGUAUCGAACGCACAGUAGAAUCUCCAUGUCCAAUUACAGGACAAUACAUGGGACAAAUCGUUGACAUUCCAGGAAUGUGUGCAGAAUUAAGUAGUAAUUGCCAAACUAGAGAAAUCAUGUAUUUUAAAGUUAGCGAUUGCAUUACUGGUGAAUUAUUCGAAGAACGUUCCUACGUAUGCCUUGGACAAUGGGAAGAAAACAGAGUAAUGUACACAUAUACAAUGAGAAAUGACACUAAAACAAAAGAAUGUUUUGUCGGUUUAAUAAUUAACGAUGAAGAAAUUUACAUCAAAGAAGCUGGAGAUCAUUGUAUUCGCAAUAUCAUCCCCAAAGAGCAAGGAAUGCGACUUUAUAAAAAAGGACAAUGCUAUGGAAAUUCACCAAGUCCUGCUCCAACGCCAAUGAGACCAAUCACAAAAGUUCCAUCAAUACGUCAUUCUACAACAUACCGACCGCGAAGUCAAGGGCCAACUAGAAUGCCUCCACGAGUUAUUUCUUCAUCUGCGAGAAGUACAAAAUAUUCUUCGAGCUUGCCAGUAUUAAUAAUACUUUUUACAUUAUUAUACAUUAAAAAAUUGACAUCCAGCCUUUAAAAAAAAGAAAUACUUUUUUCGUCAAGAAAAAAAUGAAAGAAUUUUCAUGUUCAGCUUUUAAAGUGAAAGAGAAAAAAAAUCCCUUUUUAAAAAAUAGUCAUAGUCCAAUAAUUUUUGAAAGGUCGAAAAAGGGAAAAAAUAGAAGCGAUUUUGAGAAAAUAAAAAUACAAUAAAUGUAUUAGAUAGCAAAGCAUUCUAGAAAUCGCGAACACAAUGGAAUAUUAAUAAUUUAAUGUGUAUAUUUUUAUAAAUCAAUUACCGAAAAAAAAAUUUUAGGUCGCGAAUUUCUAACUCGUGAUAGUAAAUUAAUAUCGUUGUACAUUAAUAGGUUUAUAAAAAAAAAAGAAAAAAAAAUUAUAUCAGCAAAUGUCUGAUUACGUUAAAAAAAACUUCGUAAUAUCACAAUAGUAGGAAAAUUUGUUUUAGCACAGUUUAUUACCAAAAAUAAGUUUCAAAUUAACAUUACAAAUCGAAUUUGUACAUUUUAAUUGAAUUUCCUGAGAUUUCAGGAUGGUGGAUCAUUCCGUUUUACAUUGAUUUUAAUACGAUACAUUUUUGUAUCGUUUUUAUGUUUUAUUAAACUAUUUUUUAUCCACCGUAAAGUAUUUUUCUACCAUAUUAUUGUAAUUCUAUUAUUCAAAUUGCUAAAAAAAAGGAAAAGAUCAGAAAUGAUUAAAAGCUUCCAAACAUUUAAACUGCCACACAAUAUAAGUUUCAAGGCUGAUUUUUAAUACCUCAAUGUUUUCUAAGUUAAUCUAGACGCCAAAAAAAAAUUUGAUGAAAUACUUAAAAAUCUUUAAAUGAAAACACUUCUUGGAAUGUCCAUCGAAUAUUUAAUUAACGCUUUAUAUUUUAGUUUGUGAAUAGUUGAUUGUAAAUAUUUGUAUAUUUAAAUAGAACUAUAGUGUAUAGAAUUAAAAUUCUUAAGAAACUUCCAUGUAUAAGUGCGCUUGUGACUUAGAAAUAAUAAUAUGGAGUGAUUGAAUUUUAAAUUACAAUUGUAAACUCCAAUUAAAUGUGAUUCGACGGCGUCUCAAGGAACAAAAAAUUUAUUUAAUCUGUUCACCGUCAAUGCCGUUUUACUACCAAGUAGUAACGCCUCGUACUUAUAAUAUAAUUCUUAAAUACGUUUAAAUGCAAAUUAAAUAAAAUACAUUUCUUUUCAAAUAGAAAAGAAAAAAUUGUCUCUUUAUGUCAAAGAAAACCUUUUUAAAUAUAAAACUGUAAAAAAUGAAUUGUGACGAUUUCAAACUGUUUCGUUAAUAAAAUAAAAAUAUAAUUGAAAUAUUA